AUGCCGCCUCCACCGCAUAUCAAGCCUGAGAAUGUCCUCAAGAGGGCCCAGGAACUCAUCGCCGUCGGUCAGGCCCCCGCCGCCCUGACCGUCCUCCACGAACAUGUCACCUCGAAGCGGACCCGCAGCAGCCCGAUUGCUUCCCUCGAGCCGGUUAUGCUCCUCUUCGUUGAGCUGUGUGUCGACCUGCGCAAAGGCAAGGCUGCCAAGGAUGGCCUGUAUCAAUACAAGAACAUCGCCCAGAACACCAACGUCGGCACCAUCGAGGUCGUCCUGAAGAAGUUUAUCGAACUCGCCGAGCAGAAGGUCACCGAGGCCCAGACCAAGGCCGAUGAGAUUCAGUCCUCCCUCGAAUCCGCCGCCCCUUCCUCCAACGUCGAUGAUCUGGAGGCCAUCGAGACCCCCGAGACUAUUCUCCUCGCUACCGUCUCAGGCGAGCAGUCUCGUGACCGUACCGACCGCGCCGUCGUCACCCCUUGGCUCAAGUUCCUGUGGGAGACCUACCGUACCGUCCUCGAGAUCCUGAAGAACAAUGCUCGUCUCGAGAUUAUGUACCAGUCGACCGCUCUGCAGGCCUUCCAAUUCUGCCUCAAGUACACCCGCAAGACCGAGUUCCGCCGUCUCUGCGAGCUGCUCCGUAACCACGUCCAGAAUGCCGCCAAGUACUCCGCCCAGAUGCACGCUAUCAACCUCAGCGAUGCCGAUACCCUGCAGCGCCACUUGGAUACCCGUUUCCAGCAGUUGAAUGUCGCCGUCGAGCUGGAGCUGUGGCAGGAGGCCUUCCGCAGUAUUGAGGACAUCCACACCCUGCUGAACCUGAGCAAGCGCCCUGCCAAGAACGUCAUGAUGGCCAACUACUACGAGAAGCUCGCCCGUAUCUUCCUCGUCAGCGAGAACUACCUUUUCCACGCUGCGGCCUGGAAUCGCUACUACAACCUCCUCCGUCUUUCCACUGUGGCCCUGGCUACUGGCCAGAGCACCAAGAAGGAGAACCCCUCCGUCAACGAGGCCGAUAUGACAAAGGCCGCUUCUUUCGUCCUCCUUUCCGCUCUUUCCAUCCCCGUCAUCAGCACUACUCGCUCGCGUGGCGCUCUUGUUGACGUUGAUGAGGCUCGCAAGAACAAGAACACCCGCCUCACCAACCUGCUGGGUAUGGCUCAGCCCCCCUCCCGCUCCGUGCUCUUCCGUGAUGCCCUGAACAAGGGUCUCCUGAAGCGUGUCCGCCCCGAGAUCCGGGAUCUGUACAACAUCCUUGAGGUCGACUUCCACCCUCUGUCCAUCUGCAAGAAGAUCACCCCUAUCCUUAAGCAGAUUGGCGCCGACCCCGAGAUGGAGAAGUACGUCAUUCCUCUGCAGCAGGUCAUUCUUACUCGCCUGUUCCAGCAGCUCUCCCAGGUCUACGAGUCCGUUGAGCUUAAGUUCGUUUACGAGCUUGCCCAGUUCCCCGAUCCUUUCCAGAUUACUCCCGCCAUGAUUGAGAAGUUCAUCAUGAACGGUUGCAAGAAGGGUGACCUCGCUAUCCGUGUGGACCACAUUUCCGGUGUCCUCACCUUCGAUUCGGACGUCUUCUCUUCGUCUAAGGCUAUGCACGCCGGCAGCUCCGCUGGCUCUGCCGAGAGCGAGUUUGGCUCCGUCCAGCGUCUCCAGCACACCCCGGCCGAGAUCGCUCGCUUCCAGCUCUCCCGCCUGGCUAAGACCCUUCACGUCACCUGCAUGUACGUUGAUCCCUCUUACAACGAGGCUCGUGCCGAGGCCAAGCAGAUUGCCCAGGCCCGCGCCCUGGCUGGUGCCGCCCAGGAACAUGAAGAGACUCUUGCUCGUCGUGUUGUCAUCGACAAGAAGAAGGAGGCUGCCACCGACGCCCUGCAGAAGAAGCAGCGCGAGGAGGAGAACCGCAAGCGUAUCCGCACCCAGCAAUUGCAGGAGGCUGAGAAGCAGCGCUUGGCCAACGAGCAGAAGGACCGCGAGGCCAAGCGCAUCAAGGACGAACAGGAGCGUAUCCGCCAAGAGGAGCUCAAGAAGCAGCUUGAGGAGCUCAAGACUGGUGUCAAGGGUAUCGAUAUUAGCGAGUUCGAUAUGGACGAUCUCGAUGCCAACCGCCUGCGUGCCAUCAAGCUGGCUCAGCUCGAGAAGGAGAAGAACGAGCUCAACGACCGCGUUCGUACCACUGCCAAGCGUAUUGAUCACCUGGAGCGUGCCUUCCGUCGUGAGGAGCUCAAGCACAUCCCCGCCGACUACGAAAACCAAAAGAAGCACGAUCUGGCCCUCCACGAACAGCAGACCCAGGAGACUCUCAAGGAGUCCAAGCAGAAGCACGCCGAGGCCGUUGCUCUCAAGCACCGUCUGGGACGUCUCGUUCCCCAAUUCAGCAGCUUCCGCAAGGAUCUAUCUGAGAAGCGUCACGAGGAGUUCGAGAAGCGCCGCAAGGUCGCUGAGCGCGAGUUCGAGGCCAAGAAGAAGCAGCGCGUCAAGGAGGUCCAGGACCGCCGCCGUCGUGAGAAGCAGGAGCGCGAGGAGGAGGAGCAGCGUCGUGCGGAGGAGGAGGAGCGUGCCCAGCGUGAGGAAGAGGAGCGUACUGCCCGAGAGGAGGAGCGCCGUCGUGUUUUGAUCGAGGAGAAGGCCAAGCGCGACGAGGAGAGAUCCAAAAUGGACGAGAUGGCCACCCGCCAGGCCCAGCGCGAACAAGAAGCCGAGGAACGCCGUGCCGCCCGCAGGACCGGUGCCCCCGAGCCCGAACGCAGCACCGGUGCUCCCCGACUCAAUCUGGCCCGCCCUGGUGGCGGUGCUGGCGGUGGCUGGAGAGACCGUCUUGCCAAUCGGGACACCUCUGAGGAUGCUCCAGCCCCCGCUGCCGAUCCCGCCCGGGAAGAGGCUCCUCGUCGUGGUGGAUAUCUGCCUCCUCACCUGCGCAAUGCUGGUGGUGGCUCUGGCUCCGCCCCGCCUCCCCGUGACAGCGGAGCUUCUGGCGACCGCUGGGCUCGCCGUGAGCCCGCUCCUCGUGAGCCCACUCGUGAGCCCGCUCCCCGCGCGCCGGCGCCCUCUGCCCCGGCUGAGGAGAAGCCCAGCAGCGGAGGUGGUGGCAAGUGGGUGCCGCGCUGGAAGCAGCAGCAAAGCUAA